GCUGUCAACAGUUACUAUAUAAUGCUGUCGACAGUUGCUGUAUAAUGCUGUCUACUACAUAAUGCUGUCAACUACAUUAUGCUGUCAACUACAUAAUGCUGUCUAUUGCAUAAUGCUGUUAAUUGUAUAAUGAAUGCUGUAAGCUGUAUCAUGAUGUCAACUGUGUAAUGCUGUCAACUACAUUAAACUGUCAACUAUGUGUUGCUGUCAAAUGAAUUAAAAUUGGGAAUGAUACAAGUUGAACAUCUUUGAAAAUUUAAGCAGAGUUUUGAUAACCAUGUGAACAUGUAUAUUGAUUGCAAAACUCAUACAAAAUUUGAGCAUAUAAUGCUUGUACCAAGGAAUUUUUUAGAGAUUAUUCAGUUGGUUGAGUGUCAAUUACUUUCAGAAUUUAUUAUGCAAAUACCAGGGCCUGAAUUAAUAUAUUGCAUAAUUAUUAUUUGUAUGACAUUGCCUUUACUUAUCUUCAAGUUAACAAGACUGUAGGGUUACUUUUGGCACAAAGUCAUUUAAAAAUAUGCCACCCACAAUCAGGGUAGUUUUAGAUAUCCUUAUACCAUUGCAGGAUAUCAAUUUCAGAGAUCUUCUUUCCGCGAUUGAGAGAUAAAAUGUACCAUGUCCCAUGGCAUAAUGCUUGAAAAUUUAAAUAGAUGAUGAAUUUGAAUUACGAUGUAAUAGAAAGUGUGAUGAUGCAUUGGUAUAAUAAUGUUGUGGAAAAUGUAAAAUGAUUUAAAAUAAAAGAAUAAUCUGACAGGAGUAGUGUUAUGUCUUCAAACAAAAUUUAUGGAUUUACACAAGACAGAAAAUAUUACCUUGUCAUUCAUUUGAUUUUUGUAUAGCUUAUCUAAUUAGAAUUUCAUUGUUUCAAUUUCCAGGAGAUGAGAUGCAUUCAGGUCGAGUGAGACAAAAUCGUGUUUGCAGUUUCUGUGCCAAAGUUUUUGCUUCUCCAUUUGCAUUGAGGAGACAUUUGCUUAUACACACUGGAGAAAUGCCAUUCAAAUGUGAUAUGUGCAAUAAAAGCUUUAACCAGAAAGCUCAUCUGAAAGUUCACCAAGUGACACAUUUGGAUAAAGACCUCUACUAUGUCUCACAUACUGAUCAGCGGUCGAGUAAAAAUGAUGGUGAACGGAACUUGCACUUACAGUCAGGUCACUCCUCAUCGCAAGAUCAUAGUCACGAAUGUAAUUAUCAAAUUUUAGGACACAAACUAUCUGUUAAAUCAUUGUUUGAAUUCAGAAUCAUUAUAAUGAAGUUUAAGUCUUCUCAUCAAAACACUACAAAAAAUCUCGUUUAUUUACUGUAUAUUAAAAACCACCACUGUAAAAGGCAAUGCCAGAGAGGGUGUAAUGAAUUUAUUCUUACCAUAAUUAUUCUGUAUAAUUAUUCUAAUUUGGUGUUUUCAGGUCUGACUGAAUUGGGUGUAGGACAAACAACUGUUGGAGGCGCGUCAGGGAAAAGUGGGCAUAGCUGUGAAUUCUGCGGGAAAUAUUUUCGUAAUAUGUCAUGGCUAAAAAGACAUUUGACUAUGCACACUGGAGAACGACCAUUCAAAUGUCACAUUUGUGGAAAGGGUUUCGGCGUGAAGGGGAAUUUGAUGCAUCACAUGGCAGUUCACUAUGUAGCACAGUGAUAGAAUUGCAUUGAAAACCAAAUAGAAUUCCCUGGAAAACAUUCAGACAGUCGAGAGUUUAUUUUUAUUACUGUAUGAGUUUGAGCUUUAGCCUUGUGGUGGAGACUGAAUCUACCCAUGUGACUUAAGUGCUGACCUAGAUCAGCUGGCAUCCCUGUGCUGACUGAACAUUGUCUUUUCUGUUUCACUUGUUAGUUGGUAAUAAAUUUUGAAUUUCCGGAAUAAUAAUUAUGAAAGGUUUUUGUUAAGAUUGAAAGAUGGACAAGUACACUUUUCGAAAUUUAACAUUGAAAGGAAUUAAGCCUUUUGGAUUGGCUAUAACUUUCAAAGAAAGAACUUUUUUAGCUCACCUGUCACAAAGUGACAUGGUGAGCUUUUGUGAUAGCUUUUCGUCGUCCGUCUGUACACUUUUACUCUAAACAACACUUCCUGAGAAACCGCUAAGCCAAUUUCAUCCAAACUUCACAGGAAUGUUCCUUUGGUAGUCAUCUUUAAAAAAUGUUCAAAGAAUUUAAUCCCAUGCAGAACCUUGAUUGCCAUGGCAGCCAAAAGAAGAAACUUAAAAUAUUUUCUUUUAAAAAACCUAAAGAGCUAGAGCUUAGAUAUUAAGCAUGAAACAUCUUCUAGUGGAUGUCUACCAAGUUUGUUCAAAUAAAAGUCCUAGGGUCCACAUUCAGGCCCAGCCCCAGGGUUCAUUGAUUUUCCUUAUAUGUAUAUAGUAAAAACUUAAAAAAUCUUCUUGUGACAAUCCAAAUAUAGAUUAGAUAUUUGGCAUGAAACAUCUUCAAGUGGAUGUCUACAAAAUUUUAUUCCGUAGGUUUAAAAUUGGCCCUUCCCAGGGGUUUUUGAUUUUCCUUAUUAUUGUAUACAGUAAAGUUCCGCUUAACGACCGGUCCGAAAAUACGACCAAUCCGAUAAUACGGGCAGUUUUUGAAAGAACCAAUUUUUUCUCUACAUAUUUCAAUGGUCGGAAGGUCCAAUUAUACGACCGGUCCGCUAUUCCGUAUUACGACCACUUUCAAAAGAACCGACAGGUUAAAUAUUGUUGAUUAAUGUCCCGUAAAUGCGACCGCGUGUCGAGUGAUAAACACCGACC